AUGCCACAAUAUGUUCAUAUCUAUCUAUCUAUCUAUCUAUCUAUCUAUCUAUCUAUCUAUCUAUCUCAGUCUGUUGAUUUCUAUGUCACAAUAUGUCCAUAUCUAUCUGUCUAUCCAUCUAUCUAUCUCAGUCUGUUGAUUUAUAUGCAACAAUAUCUAUCUAUCUAUCUAUCUAUCUAUCUAUCUAUCUAUCUCAGUCUGUUGAUUUAUAUGCAACAAUAUCUAUCUAUCUAUCUAUCUCAGUCUGUUGAUUUCUAUGUCACAAUAUGUUCAUAUCUAUCUAUCUAUCUAUCUAUCUAUCUCAGUCUGUUGAUUUCUAUGUCACAAUAUGUCCAUAUCUAUCUAUCCAUCUAUCUAUCUCCGUCUGUUGAUUUAUAUGCAACAAUAUCUAUCUAUCUAUCUAUCUAUCUAUCUCAGUAUGUUGAUUUAUAUGCCACAAUAUGUUCAUAUCUAUCUAUCUCUAUCUAUCUCAGUAUGUUGAUUUAUAUGCCACAAUAUGUUCAUAUCUAUCUAUCUCUAUCUCAGUAUGUUGAUUUAUAUGCCACAAUAUGUUCAUAUCUAUCUAUCUCUAUCUAUCUCAGUAUGUUGAUUUAUAUGCCACAAUAUGUUCAUAUCUAUCUAUCUCUCUAUCUAUCUCAGUAUGUUGAUUUAUAUGCCACAAUAUGUUCAUAUCUAUCUAUCUCUAUCUAUCUCAGUAUGUUCAUUUAUAUGCCACAAUAUGUUCAUAUCUAUCUAUCUCUAUCUAUCUCAGUAUGUUGA